AAUUUUAUAUCAGCGGUUUCCAUACCUUUUUGUUACAAUCGAUUUUAUUAUGCUCGCCACUAACUAACCCAGUAAGAUCUAAAAAUAUUCACUCUACCAUUGAACAUAAUUAUAGCAACUUGUUCGCGGGUAUAUAGAAUUAUUUUUACGAUACAAACAGUGUGAACCGGGCCAAAGUUGAAGCUAGUAGUAUUUUUUUUUUGUGAAAUUUCUCAUUUGAUCUACAUAGUAUUAACAGUAAUAUAGUUUGACUUAUAAAAUGCCGGAAAUAAAACCUAAAUCAAAAAGGAAAAGUGGACUAAGUUGUUGUUGCUGUUGCUUUUCUAAAAAGAAGAAAAGUUUGUUUACGGAGGAAUGUCGUGACAUUAAACCCCUGCGAAAGGUUCACGAUGAUAAUGAACUUGCCUACGUACAGGACUUAGCAGAACCUUUAAAGCCUGGUUCUUGCAUUAUUACGAAAGGUGUUGUCAGAUCUUACUGUAAAAGGUUUGCAAUAAAUCUAGUCUGCGUCAAAACACCUGAGAAAUGUGAUAUAGCCUUCCAUUUUAACCCUAGGCUAGCUUUAAAAUAUAUUGUAAGAAAUACCCGUAUUAACAAUUCCUGGGGACAAGAAGAAACAACAUCAGUAGAAAAAUUCAAAAUAGUAAGAAACCAAACCUUUGAACUUCAAAUAGUAGCUACCGAAAGGGAAUUUUUGGUAGCUCUAGAUGGCCGCCAUGUUUGCGCUUACGUGUAUAGAUUGCCAUUGGAAAAAAUUAAUAGAAUUGAUGUUGAAGGCAUUGAGGUAGAGAGCAUUGACAUUUUUCAACAGUUAAAGGCUUAUCCGUCAGUUGAAGGAGCAAUAGAUGUUCAUAGUGUUGACCUUAAAGAAGUUGAUAACUACCCCCUUAGUGAAGUAAAGUAUAUAACAUAUACCGUCCCGUUAAUAAGUGAUAGAGAAGUAAAUACACCUACACCAAAUGAUCCGUUGGUUGUACCAAUAACUGCAGAACUUCCCAAGGGCUUUAAAACCGAUUGGCAAUUGGAAAUAAUCGGAAGAGUCAAAUUACUACCUUCAGCUUUUUACAUUAAUUUACAAGAAGGAAAUAAAUUAUGGCCCCAUCCAAUGAUUCCUUUGCACUUAAAUCCCAGAUUUUAUACUUCAUACGGAAACCACCUGUUUGUAAGAAACUCAUGGCAAAACGGCGAAUGGGGUGACGAAGAACGCACUUCCGGUUUCCAAUUUACCCCCGGAAAAGAGUUUCAUCUAAUCAUUCAAAAAAAAAUCGACAAAUUUGCAGUUUGGGUAGAUGGAUCUUUGGCAGGAGAGUUUUUAUUUAGGACGCCGGUAGACAACAUAGAUACAGUGUACAUUCACGGAGACGUGCAUAUACAAAAUAUCUUUAUGAAAGAUUAUUGCGACACCAAGCUCUUAAGUAGACAAAAGGCAAAAAGUAAAAUUAAACUUUGAAUGACUAAGAGUGAUUUGACGAGAAUAUCAGAAUAAAAGGAAAGCUAGUCAAGAUUAAUGAACAUCUGCACUGGGAAGGUUGCUUGGACGAUUCAGCUAUGUUUAAACUACAGUUUUAGAUAUUAUAUAUAUUAAGGUUAAAACGUAGGUUAAAUAAUUUUUUUAAAAAAUGUUGACAAUAAACACCAUAACAAUUUAAUUAUAAUUUCAAAAGUGUAUGUUGCUUAUAUUUAAAUGGCUGUGUUUUAAUUGCAAUUAGCGUUAGGCGAAUAUAACAAUCUAUAACAAGUUGAUAUUUGAUCCCUUAUUCCAAUUCCAAACAGUUUUCUCCUAUAUGUCAGACAUGCUUUGCCUCUUUUAAGGGACUUUUAUAUUUUUUUUAUAAUCUGUCAUAUAGUCUGUAAAAUAUCAAACUUUUUGUACACAAAGUUGGAUCUUCAUCUUUUAAUCAGGAAAAAAAGCUUAAAGAAAUUGUGUUUAGUAUAACAAUAAUUCGCUAAUGUCAGUAAUUUUUUAAAUAUAGAACGUCAAAUUUUUUCAAUAAACUUAAUAAACAUUUCAACUAAAAUGUUGGAUUAAAUAAAUAGGAGUUUCCAUGUUGAA